AUGGAUGAAAUGUUUGAUGUGUUCGAGGGCAACGCCGACCCUGCGAGCGCGAGCGAGGAUGAAAGACUGCCGACCAAGGACCGCAAAGACAAGACCAAGAAGAGAAAGGCGGACGAAGCGAUGAACGGCAAGGCCGCCGCCGAAGGCCAGAUGGAGCAUACCACAGAAGACACCGAAAUGGGCGAGACGAGCUCGGUUGCGUCAAAGGAGGAAGAGGCACCGCAAGACGACGACUCGGACACACCCAGUCAGCAGGACAAGAAACGUCGCAAGAAGGGAGACACUGCCGUGCCCGUCAUGGCGGAUAACUUUGAGACGGCACAAUCGAGAGAGGUUGCUGGUGCGGCGACAUUUGUCCCGCAGGAUUCGUCCCUCAUCUUAUCGCACAACAUUCAGCAUCAGGUUGCACUGCCGCCGGAUCUGGACUAUGAAUACGUCCCGCUCUCUGAGCACAAGUCGCCCGCGGAGCCUGCGCGUCUGUACCCCUUCAAGCUGGAUCCUUUCCAGAGCCUGUCAGUCGCCUCUAUUGAGCGCGAUGAGAGUGUUCUCGUCUCAGCGCAUACCUCUGCGGGUAAAACCGUCGUCGCCGAAUACGCCGUCGCCCAGUGCCUGAAGCGCAACCAGCGAGUCAUCUACACCAGUCCCAUCAAAGCCCUGAGCAACCAAAAAUACAGAGACUUUGAAGCCAUCUUUGGUGAUGUCGGUCUGAUGACUGGUGAUGUUACCAUUAACCCGACAGCCAGUUGCUUGGUCAUGACGACGGAGAUUUUGCGAUCGAUGUUGUAUCGCGGUUCCGAGAUUAUGCGAGAAGUUGCUUGGGUCGUCUUUGAUGAAAUCCAUUACAUGCGUGACAAGACAAGAGGUGUUGUUUGGGAGGAGACGAUUAUCAUGCUUCCUGACAAGGUUCGAUACGUCUUCCUGUCUGCCACCAUUCCCAACGCUUUCCAGUUUGCGGAAUGGAUCGCCAAGAUCCACCACCAAGCCUGCCACGUUGUUUAUACCGAUUUCCGACCUACUCCUCUACAAAACUACUUUUAUCCUGCCGGUGGUUCUGGCGCACGCAUCGUCGUCGACGAAAAGGGCAACUUCAACGAGGACAACUUCAACAUAGUAAUGAAGGAGGUGGAGGAGAAGAAAGGUGCCGACCCCAACGACAUCAACGCCAAGCAAACCGGCAAAGGAAAGAAUAAGAAGACACACAAGGGCGGUGCUGAUGAGGGCUCCGACAUGAGCAAGAUUAUUCGCAUGACGAUCCGGAAGAGCUUCAACCCUGUCAUUGUUUUCAACUUUAGCAAGCGAGAGUGCGAAAACAUGGCCAUUAGCAUUUCGAAGCUGAGCCUGAACGACGAUUCUGAAAAGGCCAUGGUCAACAAGGUCUUCCACAGCGCUAUUGAAAGCUUGUCGGAGCAAGAUCGCGACCUGCCUCAAAUCAAAAACCUGCUGCCCCUGCUUGUGCGCGGUAUUGGUGUGCAUCACUCUGGUCUCUUGCCUAUAUUGAAAGAGACGAUUGAGAUUCUGUUUCAAGAGUCCCUCAUCAAGGUGCUUUUUGCUACGGAGACCUUCUCCAUCGGCUUGAACAUGCCUGCCAAGACUGUUGUCUUUACUCAAGUGACUAAGUGGGAUGGGGUUAAGCGCCGUCCUCUCACUUCCUCCGAGUACGUACAGAUGGCUGGUCGUGCCGGUCGUCGUGGUCUUGACGCCCGCGGUAUUGUCAUCAUGAUGAUUGACGACAAGCUGGAGCCCGACACCGCCAAGGAAAUCGUCACUGGCCAGCAGGAUAGACUGAACUCUGCCUUCUACCUCGGCUACAACAUGAUUCUCAACUUGCUGCGAAUCGAAGCCAUUUCUCCCGAGUUUAUGCUGGAGAGAUGUUUCCACCAGUUCCAAAACGCGGCCAGUGUUCCCACUCUCGAGAGGGAGCUCAUGGCACUGCAGCAGGAGCGUGAUAGUGCCACCAUCCCCGACGAAGCGACCAUCAAGGAUUACUACCAGAUUCGCCAGCAGCUCAAUACCUAUACCAGAGACAUGCGGUCAGUUAUCCAGCUGCCCAACUACAGUCUCGACUUCCUGCAGCCUGGUCGCCUGGUGCAAAUCUACAACCCCAAGGAGUCACCCGAUAAUGUCGCCGGUGGCUUGGACUUUGGUUGGGGCAUCAUCGUCAACCACUAUCCGCGCCGCAGCCCUAAGCUUGGCGAGCCCGAGCACAUUCCUCAGGAGUCGUACAUUAUCGAUGUCUUGCUCACGAUAUCCGCGUCUAGCGCCGACAUUACUCCUGGACAGCCCGCUGCUGAGAUGCCUACCGGUCUGGUUCCUGCCAAUGGCGACCAAAACACCAUUUGCGUCGUUGUUCCCUGCCUGCUUACGUGCAUCAAGGCCAUCAGCCAGAUCCGCCUCUUCAUGCCCAAGGAGGGUCUCAAGGCCGAGAAGGACCGUGAGACGGUGAACAAGUCCCUGUCAGAAGUGAAGCGCCGUUUCCCCGAUGGUCUGCCCAUCCUCGACCCGCUCGAGAACAUGGACAUUACGGACGAGUCGUUCAAGAAGCUACUUCGCAAGAUUGAGGUUCUUGAAUCGCGUCUGCUGGCUAACCCUCUGCACCUGUCACCGCUUCUGCCAUCGCUCUGGGACCAGUACCACGCCAAGACGGUUCUGUCGGAGAAGAUCAAGACCAAGAAGAAGUCGAUUGCCAAGGCUCACAGCAUCACUCAGAUGGACGAGCUCAAGUCCCGCAAGCGUGUGCUGCGCCGUCUAGGUUUCAUCAACGAUGCCGAGGUUGUGCAGCUCAAAGCCCGCGUCGCGUGCGAGAUUUCGUCGACCGAGGGCCACGAGCUGGUGCUUUCGGAGCUGCUCUUUGACCGCUUCUUCAACGAGCUCACACCCGAGACGUGCGCGUCUGUUCUCAGCUGCUUCAUCUUUGACGAAAAGGUCGAGGCGACGGCGCUCAAGGAGGAUCUGCAGAAGCCGUUCCGCGAGGUGCAGGCCAAGGCGCGCAUCGUGGCCAAGGUCAGCCAGGAGUGUAAGCUGGACGUCAACGAGGAGGAGUACGUGGCCAGUCUCAAGUGGCAGCUGAUGGAGACGGUGUUUGCGUGGGCGCAGGGCCGGCCAUUCUCCGAGAUUUGCAAAAUGACCAACGUCUACGAGGGCUCCCUAAUUCGCCUGUUUCGCCGCCUGGAGGAGCUGCUCCGCCAGAUGGCCCAGGCUGCCAAGGUCAUGGGCAACGACGAUCUCACCAAAAAGUUUGACGAGAGCUUGCAAAAGAUUAGAAGAGACAUUGUGGCCGCGCAGAGUCUGUACCUGUAG